AAUCGCGACGCCAGAAUUUCACUUCCUCACCCCCCUAUCCCAGUCCCUGCGAACCAAUCGGGGAAGCACGCCGCUGGAGUGAGCAUGGCGCUUCCACCCCCAAAAUGGCUGCGAAAUCGCGCGCGCAUUAGACAGCCCGUUCAAAAUAAACGGGCGGAUUAAUUCGAGGAAGUCACGGAAGCGACAUGGAGGAUAAGCGAGCGCAGGGACUGCGCCCCCACCCCCUUGUAUAUCAUCCCUUUUCAACCGCGUAUUAACUUCCAGAUCCAGUUGAUACACGCGUGUCUCCAGGUCUCCACCCCCCCGUGAUAGUCGGUGCACCGCACUCCGCAGUGUGGUGUACCGGGGGUUUGGACAACUGCAAGUUUCCGCAGGUCGGCUCGGCCGCAGUGGCCGUCGCGUCGGUACGACGCAGAAAGACGUAGAACGACGCCGAAUAUCCGUAUAGUAGUCAAUAGUGUAAUGAAAGUCGCGAAUUUUCCUACGGUGUGUGUUCGCACGAUUCGUGCUAAAUUGUCGCGCUGUUAAUUAUUGUCAUUUUGUCGAGGAGAAUACAACUUUUCAAUUGGCAAUCGACGAUCGUGAGCAUCGCGAGUACACCACUAGCUUCGUUGACGACAAUGAUGCAAGAGCACAAAUCCUUUCUGAUUAGAGAUCUUUUGGGGGAUGUAUUGGCUGAUCGAGUUCAAGAAGACUCGGGGGACGAUUCGGCGGUCCAUUCGGAUUCCGAAGACACCAUCGAUCCUGGCAGCAGUCCUUGCACGCGCCUAGGAAGUCCUCCACCGGCGCUCUCGCCGUCGCCCGGUCCGGCGAGCACGUCUGGAAAAUCUUGCGCGGUGAUUGCCAAUAGUGCACCACCAACCGGUAGAAAACCGCGAAGACGACGAACCGCUUUUACUCACGCUCAGUUGGCUUACCUCGAGAGGAAGUUUCGUUGCCAGAAAUAUCUCAGCGUGGCGGACCGUAGCGACGUCGCGGAUGCUUUAUCGCUCUCGGAGACCCAAGUGAAGACUUGGUAUCAGAAUAGGAGGACAAAAUGGAAGCGACAGAAUCAGCUGCGAUUGGAACAGCUGCGUCAUCAAGCCACCGUCGAAAAGGAUCUUUUGGUGCGCAGUGUGGGUCUUCAUCACGGUAACAUAGAUGCUUACUGUUCACCCUACAACUCACAAACGCAAACCAGCCAUCCGCCACCGCCGCCGCCGCCGCCACCGGCACCAUCCACCGCCUCCACGGCGGCGUUUCUCUCCACGGCGGCCGCACUCUUCCGAAAUGUCACCUAUGUUCACGGCUGCCCCCUCUAACACCCUCACGCGUAAUCGAGAUGGCGUAAUCUCGAGUCGUCACAUUUCCAGAUCAGAGCGAGCGAUUUAGCUCGGAUGAAACAUUUCGACCAACUAUUUGUGCCGUGAGUGCUGAACUAAUAGUGUUGAUAAAAAUCUUACAUUUAUCUUUUAUUAUUUCAAAAGUUUCAAAUUUUUAGUGAAUUGUUUGAAAGAUUUAUAUUAACAAGUCGUUUUAUGUAGUACACUACUGUUCUUUUCUCUCUUCGCGUUAUACAUAUCUUUCUUACAAUGUUACGUUUAACAUUUGGAUAUUGAUUUAGUUUGAAGAUUUAGUUUUUUCUUUUUUUUUUCAAUGAAAAGGAAAGAUAAAAAAAUAUAUAAAUUAUUAAAAUUAGAAAUAUUAAAAUUAUAAUUUAUAAAUCCUAUGUUAAUUAUACGUUAAUUAUACAGUUAAAUAUCAGCGCGUUGAGUGUUAUAAUUUUUUUUGUUAUUUGCUCGAAAUGUACUAUAUAAUAGUUUUCUUUCACGUGUUUCUUUUUGCAUGUCAGACAUUAAACGAAAAUCAAACAAAAAUGUAAAUAUGUAAUUACGAAAUUUCAGUAGUCGUAGCAGCUUAUCUUUCACAUACCAUAUUUAAUGACUAUUUUAUGGAGAUUUACAUCUCAUCUCUGAAGAAUAGCACAAUUUCCACAGUCGAUACUACAUGUAUAAUAAUGCAGCAUCGCGUUAUCCCAUACACCACAGAAUAUUCCAGCAAUGUCGCAGCAAUACUUUUAACGUUUCUCUGCAAUAUUACCGAAACGUUCAGUGUUGUAUGGCUAUUAUACGUCACCAUAGAUGAUGUAAUACAUAUAUUAAUAUUGCAUUUGAAAAGUAAAUGAGAAAAGCAGCUGUUUCACCAUGGAAGGAAGAACAUGCGUUGUAACUUUACAAUAUUUAAAUUGGACCUAAGCGUACAUAUUUUUAUUGACGCUAUUUAAAAAUUUACGCAAUUUAAUAACAAAUUUAAUUCGUAGAUAUUUUAGCAUCUUAGCAGUGUAAUCUCGACGUGUGCGAGUGAACAUAACGUUAUUAUCUAAUGUGCAAUGUUUCAGCAUGUAUGUAAGACAAGCGCAAUUAUCUCCAGUAAUUUGGUUAUUGUUAUUCGUCAUCGAUAAUCUAUCGAUUACUUUUUUUCGAGACAGAAAACUAUUGUAGAUGAAUAAAUUAUUAUUAAAACUCA